AUUAUUCUGAUGACUGUAAAGUACUUUGCUCAAUUGACUGUUUUUCAAGAGCGCUCUAUAAAUAAAAGAAAUCAGUUAUGUUAGAAUUGAUGCGGUAAACUGAGAUUUUCUGAUUUAAAAAAAAAUAUAUUCAAAAGAAUAAAAUCAAAUAAAAAUGAUCCAAGCUCCGCCCGCGUUUUCCCAUGCGGUGUUUAAAACAUACACACUCUUGACUGGUAACGUCACUCUGGGUGGAUUCAACAGCCCCAAACCGACCAAUCGCAAUACGAGAAACAACAGAUUGACACCUCGCGAUAAAACCAAAGCGAACCAGCUGUCACGGCGCGCGAAAUCUCAAACCUUCAUGUUGGUGAUCGGAACAAGCGGGAGGAGAAGAACAGAGACACCGACUGUGAUCUCAAUGUUCGCUAAAAGAGUCAAAUAGCGAUUGUUGCUUGGAACUUCCUUUAUCCCGCAUCUGUAACGCGCGAGGAAAGUCGAACCAGCCGUGUCCGAGCAGCUUUGUUCGGUGUGAAGAGGCGGACUGACCGGAGACAAAGAUGAGCCUGGUUCUGUCCCAACAAGCAGAGGUGCCAGCAGCAGUGGCAGCUGCUCCGGAGAGCGACUCGGACAGCGGGAUGGGUUCUCCGGCAGAGGCGGGGGAGGCCAAGCCGGAGAAGAGGACGGACGACCCCCCAGACUCUGAUGAUGACAUCACAGCUCACAGAAAGCCUCGCCGCAUCGCCAUCAGAGACAGUGACAGCGAGGAGGAGAGGGGGGUGGCAGAGGCUCGGCUUUUAUCCAGCAGGGAGGAAGAGGAGGAGCAGCAGAGGAGCAGUAAAGCGGUGCAGAGGAGAGUCACAAACCGGCUCGCCGACAGCGAGGACGGCGAGUCGGAUGGAAGGGAUGAGGCGCAGGAGGCGGAGGUGAAGAAGAGAGAGAAGAGCCGGAGGCGGCGUGAGAAACAGGCGAGGCGGAGUCAUGCGGUGGAGAAGCUGAAGAGGAGGAGGUUUGGCGAUGAAGACGAGGACGGCCCCCUGCCAAGAUCGCUGAAUGACAGCGGGUGUCCGCUGGGCGACACGGACCUGUUUGACACAGGACUGAAUGACGAAGACGAGGAGGAGGAGUCUUUGGACGCCAUUCGAGCUGCAGUCAAGCAGAAGAUGACGAAAAAGGAGGAACGGGUUCAAAGUGAGGAAGAAGAGGACGACGACGAGGCAGCGGAGAAGCCUCGCCGUGCGGAGAGGAAGGCGGCGCGAGCGAGCCGAGAGGCCAUGAAGCAGCUGCACAGCGAGUCGCAGCGCCUGGUCCGAGAGUCCUCCCUGGGCCUGCCGUAUCACAUCCCAGAGCCCAAAAGCAUCCACGACUUUUUCAAGAAAAGAGCCCGCCCCCAGGGUCCCGCCAUGGCGCUGCUCAAAUCUUCCAAGUACUCUCAGAUGAUGUUGGAGACUCCGUCCGCUGCUCCACCUGUGAAGGAAUCCACCCAAUCGGCUGCAGAGCAGGAACCUCCAUCCUCCCUUGAUCCUCCAACCAAUCAGAUCGAGUCUUUGCCUCUGCCCUCUGCGACCUCGUCCCCUCAGCAGGAGAGUCUCUGUCAGCCUGACGGAUCCGCUGGGGGUUCUGACCCGGAGCUGGAGUCGGGCCCAAUGCUGUAUCUGUCUGAGAGUCUGCAGGAGUCGGCCGCUGCGGAGAAACCCGUCACUGACUCACAGCUGGCAACCGUGACCCCGCCUCCAGAGGAAACCACUGCUGCGGCAGAGUCGGUCUCUGAGGUCCAGCAGCACUGUCCCAAUGAGGAGGCGGAGCCUGCUGCUCCUCUGCCGGUAAAGACCAGGAAGUUGAGCAGACUGAAGGAGCUGGGCAUGGACCCCCCGCCUGUGGCGAAGCUGUGCCCCGACGAUGGCGCUUUUGUUCAGCUUGAGCCCCCCCAACUCAACCCAGGCGUAGCGGCACUGAAAGAGCGCUACCUUCGUCACCUUCACCCACCGGUGCGCCCCCCCGGAGAGCGCACCCUCCAGCUCAACAUUGUCUGCAAAAACAGCGCCCCCUCCGGACAGGAGGAGCUGCGGGCCGAGACGCUCACCGUCACUAUCAAAGAGGGCGCGGAGGAACCGGCCCCCACCAAACCAGGAGAGAAGCUGCUGAGUCUGAAGCAGCGCCUGCAGCUCGCCAUGGCCCAGCGGCGUAAGGAGGAGCGGGCCCGGCGGGCUGAGCUGCACCGCCUCGACAACGAAGACUGUGAGGAAGAGGAGGAAGAGGAGGAGGACAUGACGGAUGAGUCAGAGGAAGAGGAGGGGUUGGAUGACUUGUUGGGCGGGGCUGAAGAAGAAGAAGAAGAAGUAGAAGGCGGGGUGGCGCCUGCAUCCGACCUCGUGCACGCUGACGGCACGCUCAUGCUGUUCCCCGGCAGCUCGUGCUCUCGCACCGGUGACGGUGUCAGGAGAGCGCCGCCUACUGGACCCGACAGCAGCAAUAAGACAGAGGAGGAAGACUCUCUGUCUCUGGUGAAGGACAUGAGUCACAACAGCAGCUUCGAGCUGGCGGGAUCCAUGAUCACCUCCUACCAGCCCAUCAACAACCAACGCGCCGCCGGGAGAGCACCGUUCAACCCCGCCGCCUUCCGCUCGCCGUCGCCUUGCUUCUUCAGGCCCAGCUUCCUUGGCUCGGCCUCGAAGAGUUCUGGAAAACUCUCUGAACCGUCACUCUGCCUCCCGGUAGAGGACUCUCAGGACCUGUAUGCCCCCCCGUCCCCUGGCGCAGACUCGGGCCCCCUGGCAGGGCCCGCCUCCAGCCGUGGGGUGGGCGGGGACUCUCAGGGGCGGUUCUCCCUGGAGGACGACGCCCAGUCGCAGCUUCUGGACGCGGACGGCUUCCUGAACGUGGGGCCCAGGCCCGGGGCGGCCCCCUCCAUCAAGAGGUCGUUGGUGCUGGACAGUAUGGACGAGAACGCCAUGGACGGGAACAUGGGGGAGCUGCUGGGGCUGUGCUCGGGGGGGUUCGGCACCGGGGAGAGCGCCGCGGGGCCGAGCGGCGACCUCGGGUCCACGCAGGAGGACGAGCUGCUGGGGCUCUGCUCGGGGGCGUUCCCGCCAACGCAGCAGGCGGAGCAGCAGGCGUCGGAGAACACCAUGAGUGAGCUGCUCGGGUUCUGCUCGGGAAAGUUCCCCAGUUCAGGUUCUCCUCCCAAAGUGUCGGAGGUGAAGCCGCCGGAGGAAGAGCAAGAGGAGGAGGAAGAGGAGGAGGACUGUGAGUUCCACCUCCUGUCAGACAUCGAAAGUGCUCCGGAGGAAGAGGAUGGAGAAGAAAAAGAGGACGAAGAGGACGUAGACGCGAGCGGCGAGGAGAACAACGAGGUGGAAGAGGAGGAGCUCCAGGGUUUGUUUGCUCCUCAGCGUGUCAAGAGGAGGAAGAAGAAGAAAAUGACUUUGAUCGACUACGUGGAGUCGGAGGCGGAGCUUUCGGGGAGCGACGUCGACAGCGAAGACGACGAUGACGAGCGAGGGAGCGAGUACGAGGAAGAGGAGCUCCUGGAGGAGCUGCCCUCCGACGAAGAGCUGCAGGACCAAGUCAACAAGAUCCACAUGAAGCAGAUUCUGGACGAUGACAAGCGGCGCCUCAGGCUCUACCAGGAGCGGUACCUGGCUGACGGGGACUUGCACUCUGACGGGCCGGGUCGGGCCCGCCGGUUCCGCUGGAAGAACAUGGAUGAAGGCUUUGACAUAGAGAGGGGGGGACUUGAUGAGGACGAAGACGGCGAUGAAGACGACGUGGACCCGGCCGAGGUCCAGAGGAGGAAGGAGCGCCUGGAAAGGGAGCAGUGGCUCAGACAGCAGUCCGAACAGAAGAAAGGAGGUGUGGACGCCGACGACGAGAAGAUGGGAGACGAGGACAGUCAGUUCAUGAAGCUGGCCCGGAAGCUGACUGCCAGGACGCUGCAGCCGAAAGAACCGUCUGCAGCUCCUCCACCAGAGACGAGAACGCCUGCUCUGAAUCCGUUUCAUAACUCCCAGCAGCCUCGGCAGGUGAGGAGGGGCUCGCUACUCAGCCAGCCGCAGUCCGUCCUGCAGAAACUGGCCUCCAUCUCUGAGACGAACCCUCUGGCUCCCAGAAACAGCCGCGGGUUCCUUUUUCAGACUCUGUCACCGGAAAAGGUCGCUGCCGUCAACACUCAGAAAACCGUGGUGAGGAAGAGGAGCCAGGUGGAGGCCGUGAAGCCGUCUGCUAAGAGGCCGCGCACAGACGAAAACGCCGCCGUGAAGUCAAAGAACUCUCAGAGGAGCAUUUUCAGCUUCCUGGACCACUGAGGAUGAGCGUGUCUGUCACAUGAUCAGUCACAUGAUCUGACAGUUCAGUCCUCGACAUGAAAUUAACUGAUGCAUUUCUAAUCCUGUAAAUAAACUAGAUUUUAUGAUCCUGUAUGAUGCCAAUGUUGUUCUACAGUGUAAAUAAAAAGUGUAUUUUAAUCCAUUA